CUCUUUCACAUACGCACAGCUGCACAUAGACACUUUUGCUAUUGCCAAAUCAUGAGGAAGCCAUGAGACUCUUGACAACAUGCUGGUUCUUUUUUUCACUCGUUUCGUGAUUUUCGGAGGACAAAUGCGUCUGUUUCUUUGUUUCUGUACGAUUUUCCUUCAAGCAUUCCCCUCUGGGGGCUUAUCUGAGGCCAACCUAUCCUGCUUAAAUGAAGAAGGACAGCCGGUGGACUGGUUCAUUAUGUACAAGCUGCCCAGAUAUAAGAAAGGGGAGGUGGGAAGUGGAGUGGAGUACAUGUACUUGGAUGCUUCCAUGCUGACCUGGAGGAUGAGUCCAUAUGCGGUGAACACUAGUGAUGGAGCUGUGGGUAGGACACUAGGCCGGCUGUAUAAAACAUAUAAAUCAAACAGCUCUGUAUACAUGCUCUACAAUGAUGCUCCUCCACUGCUGAAGUACCAGAGUAAUUACGGACACUCAAAAGGCACGUUGCUAUUUGACCGAUCUCAGGGAUUCUGGAUAACACACAGCAUUCCUCACUUUCCUCCAUUCCUUGAAAUGGGCUUUGGCUACCCUUCCACAGGCAAACUCUACGGCCAGACUGUUCAUUGUACAACCUACAGCUACGAACAGUUCAAAAAAAUAUCGCAGCAGCUGGCGUACAUUAAUCCUCGUGUAUAUAACUGCUCAGUGCCAGUGCCAUAUCACACAGAUAUGGCAGCCAUGGCACAGCUAUGCGGUGGCAAAAGACCAACUGUGGCGCCCAGGAGAAAGCUAGAGAAGCUAAAGUCAGCCCUGGGAGAGACUUUCCUCAGUUUCUCUAAAUCACACCAAUAUGUUGAUGACAUUUAUGCUGGUUGGGUGGCCCAAACACUGAGGACAGACCUGCUGGUGGAAUCAUGGCAACGGGAUAACCACCAGCUUCCCUCAAACUGCUCACUCCCCUACCACGUGUUGAACAUCAAGAGGGUCCAUCUGCCAGAGAACAUCACUUUCAGCUCCUACGAGGAUCACUCCAAGUGGUGUGUCUCUGUAGAAUUCAGAGCUCAGUGGACUUGUUUGGGGGACCUGAACAGAGAGAGUACACAGGCUUACAGGGGUGGCGGCCUCAUCUGUUCCCAAAAUCCAGUCGUCUACAAAGCCUUCCGCCAGGCUGUGGCCUGGUUUAAAGGCUGCUAGACACAAACACAAGAGACUUAUUACUGUCAGCUUCAGAAGACUCAACUGGAUGAGUGAAGUUAAGCCAAGUCAUGAGGCUGAGAGGAAAUGAAUAUUUGCUUUAUAGUAAAUUAAUAACUAAUGAAGCCCUCUUAAAAUAAGGACAGUUUCAAAUUAUUUUCUUAGAAAAUAAUUUUUGAAAGAGUUGUGGAGUAUUUCAAUAAGUAUUGCAGAUUUUUAAUUGAACUGAAUGGACAGUUAGGUAUGUAUGUUCAUUCACUAUUUAUUAAUUUAAAAAAAAAAAAAAGCCUGAGCCUAAUUUAAUGUAUUUUACAGAUUAUAAGGCGCACUAUCAAUAAACAGUCUAUUUUAAUACAUAAGGCACAUUUUAAGCAACAACAGUAAGGAACAAGGGUGUCACCGUGUUUCCCUAAUGUUUUUCUAAUGGGGAAGCUAAGGGAAGAGCCUGAGUAAACAAAAAAUAAUUUUCUUUCAAAGUCAAAUGAGCGCUGGAUGUUAGACUACACAGAUUUAUCUCCUGAAAACUGUCUAUUUGGGUGAGUAAAGUGUUUCCGUUUAUUUACAGUAAGAUUAGAUUUCCAAUAUUUUAGCGCGGUUAAGAGCAGCGUUAGCCGUGUUUAGCAGCAGAACUUAGCACUAGUAAUUGCUGCCCGAUAGUGGUAGACUGAGGAACCCUAUAAGCCAGGGCGAUAUCAGGUCGAGGUUGGUCACACGUACCCAGAUUUAACACGGUAAACUCAAUAAUACUCACCUCUGAAUGGCGGCUCCAGUCUCAUUGCGGGAGAAAAACUUCACUAAAACUCCUGUAAAAUGCUGCACUUCAGCCGAGUGGCUUUACUUCUCCUUACAACCUGACUGGUUGGGAAAAUUCAUACACAAAUCACACAGAAUUAAAAGGCACACUAAUGAUUUUCUGGAAAAUUAAAAGGUUUUAAGUGUGCCUUAUAGUGCAAAAAAAAUAUGGUACUGUAGUUUUAGUGGUAAACGGCCAAUGACUUAAUGAGAUAUUGCUCUAUUUGGGUUCACCUAAAUACAGCAAUUUCACUGGGAAUCCGUGCAAAUGAUAUUUCUGUGAGAACUCACUUAAACCCACUGGUUAAACUAUUUGAAUAAAACGUGAUCUUUUUGAGUUUGACAUCUCUGUUUGAGAGUCACAGCAGGGCUAGUAGUUAUUAAGCAGGCUUUUUGCAUGCAUUGUAUGCAGUGGACAGUUAUCUAAUUAUUUAUUAAAUGUUUAUUUUCCAAGAA